UACAGCCGUUGGCUCUGCAGGGGUAGGACGCAGCUCCACGACAGAAACGUUUCAGUCUUAGCGGAGAAGAACUACUUUUUUAUUUAACUCUCAAAGUAAAAUAAAACUUUAUUUUCCAGCUCUGAGAGCAGAGAAACCGAAGCUUUGGGUGAAUUCAGCAGCAGGACUCGUCGAGUGAAUGAAGGCGGCCGACGGCUCACUGCGGAGUGAACUUGCAAGAUGUCGCAGUUUUAAAWGAAGAAACGGACCGCUUUAAGGACAAACAUAUCCGUGCUGGGAGCUGACAGGAGGAGCGGAGUCCUGAAGCUUCGCCACGGUUCUGCUCGUGGCUUGAGGAGCCGGACAGCAGGUGUUAACAGAGGUGUGAGCUCACUCUGACCCUCUCUGGUUUUAUUACGUUUUCACCACAGGCUCCAUGUGUGGCAUUUCACCGUGACCUCAGGCCAGAAAAGGAUAAAGGCUGUCUUCUGAUUGGACGUCUGUCCAUUUCUGUUUUCAUCUCUGAAGAGUCUUUUCUGCAGCCGCCAUCAUUCUGUGCUGUAAGGCCGACCCGAACAUGUCUUCUAACGGAGACCUCAGCAACCUCAGCAGCUCUGACAGCUUCUGGGAGCCAGGGAACUACAGAAGGACGGUGAAGCGGAUUGAUGACGGCCACCGUCUGUGUAAUGAGCUUGUCAGCUGCUUCCAGGAGAGAGCUAAAAUAGAGAAGAGCUACGCUGUUCAGCUGAGUGACUGGGCCAAGAGGUGGAGGGGCAUCGUUGAAAAGGGACCUCAGUAUGGGACCCUGGAGAAGUCGUGGCACGCCUUCAUGCAAGCAGCUGACCGCCUCAGCGAGCUGCACAUGGAGCUGCGGGAGUGGCUGGCYGGAGAGGACAGCAAGAAGAUUCGCAGCUGGCAGAAAGAGUCUUUCCACAAGCAGAUGAUGGGAGGCUUCAAGGAGACGAAAGAUGCAGAGGACGGCUUCAGAAAAGCUCAGAAACCCUGGGUCCGCAAACUGAAAGAGGUGGAGUCCAGUAAGAAAAGCUACCACCAGGCCAGGAAGGAGGAGUGGACGGCCGUUACCAGGGAAACGCACGCCAAGGCUGACACGUCCAAGUCGCAGGAGGAAGUCCGCAAAUACACAACCCGAGUGGAACGCUGCAACCAGGAAGCUGAGAAGGCGGAGGAUCGCUACAGAAAGGCCCUGGAGGAGCUGAACCGUUGCAACCCUCGCUACAUGGAGGACAUGGAGCAGGUGUUUGACCUCACUCAGGAGGCUGAGCAACAGAGACUGCGUUUCUUUAAAGACAUCAUGCUGGACAUUCACACGCACCUCGACCUGUCUGCCAAAGAAAGCUUCAAAAACCUGUACCGGGACCUGGGUCAGACCAUCCAAGCUGCCAACGAAGCUGAAGACCUCAGAUGGUGGAGGAACACCCAUGGACCGGGCAUGAGCAUGAACUGGCCACAGUUUGAGGAGUGGUCUCCGGAGGCGAGUCGCUCCAUCAGCAAGAAGGAGCGAGGAGGAGACUCUGAGAACGUUGUUACUCUAACUAACAUCGUCUCAUCAGGAGGAGGCGACGUCCCACCCAGUCCCAUCACUGUGGAAACCAGCAGGGUGAAGGAUUAUUCCUCCGACUGGUCAGACGAGGAGAGUCCUAAGAAGGCGCUGGCGAUGAACGGUGUGGGGGAGGCAGACGAGAAGGUAGAGGGGGUGCCGGUCAGAGCGCUCUAUGAUUACACGGGUCAGGAGUCGGACGAGCUCAGCUUUAAAGCAGGUGAGGAGCUGCUGAAGCUGGGUGAGGAGGACGAGCAGGGCUGGUGUAGAGGACUUCUGAGAGACGGUCAGACCGGCCUUUAUCCUGCCAACUAUGUCCAGCUCAUCACGUCCUGAUGUCCCCAACCCCCCGUAUCACGUCCUGAUGUCCCCAACCUCCUGUAUCACGUCCUGAUGUCUCCUCCGUAUCGCGUCCUGAUGUCUCCUCCGUAUCACGUCCUGAUGUCUCCUCCGUAUCACGUCCUGAUGUCUCCUCCGUAUCACGUCCUGAUGUCUCACAGCCAGUGAUGAAGCUGAACCCAACCGGCCAGAACAUCAGAACCUGUCAGCGCUGAUCUGAACACGUUCUCUGAAGGAAGCAGACAGUUUGUGGCUCCUGACUGUAAAGUUCUGUUUUUCUUUYUGUUUCAGCGACACUUCAGCCAAAAAACCAAACUUUUCCCCUUGUUGUGAAAGGCUCUUUGUGUUUGUCCUCCUACAGGAGGAAACCAGCUUYCAGGACAGAUUUUCAUCUGCUACAAAAAAAGAAAGAAAAGAAAAGAAAAAGGACCUUUGCUGCCACUUGACCUGCUGAUGUUUGAAGAAACAUUUCAUGAAUAUUUGACUUCUGCUCACUGCCACCAUGUUUGUCUGAAGAGUCUGCAGAUCCCAGCGUAAACAAAGUAAAUGUCUGUGUCUCAGCUCAGGGGCUGCAGCCCACGUGGGCCACGCCCCGUUAGUGUGGGCUGCAUGAACAGCUGUGAUGUGAGGCGCUCUGGUCUAUAGAUAACGUAUGUUUGCGUGACCACACAUACGUUUAUAACACAUGCCUUCAGGUGUCCUUUCAUGGUAAAACUUCAGAAAGUUCAGUACUAAAACAACAUUCCACGUAACUAAGAACAAGUUUCAGUGCUUGAAACUGUAUUUGAUUUAUUUGAAAGUGAAUCUGUGAUAAAUUUCCAAAUUCCACCGUAAAAGCAGAACAAAACCAACAACCUCCGCUGUUUUUGUUUUUCUGUUUAGUUUGCAGACGGUGCAAUGAAUUCUGGGACAUCAUCAGCCUAUGUUUUCUGUGCUUUGUUGGCCACGUGAGAAACACCACCUACAGCGUGGCACAGUGACGCAAGCAGCCGAUAAAUGGCUGCAACCCCUGAACUGARACAGUCUUUGUGCAGGAAGUUGUAGAUAAACUGCAGGAACCUGGAUUAGUUUUUUUUCUUACAGUUUAACAUGGCAAAAAAUAAAAAGAGGAUAGUGCUAAUAGUCAACAUGAAGCUCUGCCUCUGACUAGCAGCUGCAAAGCUUGGCUUACUUAGUCUCAGUAUUUAUGCUAAUCUAAGCAGCUGACGGCAGAAUCAUCUAAAAUCUAUUUUGAUUGAACAAAUGUUCUCUAAGCCACAGAAUCCUGCUUGUUUUCCCAAGGAGUCAAACCUGCUUGUGUCAGCCUUUGUAUUGUUGGAGAAGCAGCACCUAGUGGCCAUUAGUGGAAGUGCAAGUUUACAGUUUUUACGCUCAGCUGUGGACCUGUAGAGUCCAGCUACAGACUGACCGUGCCUUAAACAGUGAUGCCAGAGAUUCUGCCUGACUGAGGAGCUCCAUCCUGUUCAGCACCUCCCGUCUCUCAAACCAUCAUCUGGAUGUUUGGUCUGACGGAGGAGCUGUUGGGUUACUGACCGUUUCCUCGCUGUACAUUUAGAAAUGUCUUUUCUUUUAGAUUGAUUUUUUUUUUUGGUAGUUGGAGGUGUGACUCUUCCUUCUUUUUAUAUGUUGUAAAAUAUAAUAGCUGUUUGUUUAUAAAAACCAAGCAUCAACAUGGACAUGUUGCCACUUGUUUUCUUAAAAUAAUUUUUUAAAAAGUAGCAUUUUGACAAUUUCUGUGUUGGUUUUUUUCUUUUAAAUCUUUGUUGUAGUUUAAAAAUGCUUUAAUUGAAUGAGACUGACUGAAGCAAUAAUGGAACUGUAGACUGCUGGCUUUAGAUCAUAUUCAGUGAAAGCCUUAGUUUAAUAAAUAUAUAUUUGGCUGUGAAAACAACAGAUGCACCUCAGUCGCCUAAAACCAGUUUGACUCUUUGGGUUUGUGCGUUUUUAUGUUUGUGAGGAAGUUCUGCACCUCUGUCCUGCUGAUCUGACUUUUUGUUACAGCUAACCUGCAAUCUGUUUAAAGAACAUUUGAAAAGCAUGCUCCUUGAUUAUUUUCCCUCUUUGUUUCCUAUACUGUAACAUGUACAGUUCAUAACAUGGAAAACAGAAAUAAAAAAGCUUUGCAGGUGAAACA